AUGUCGGACAUCGGGGACUGGUUCAGGAGCAUCCCGGCCAUCACGCGCUACUGGUUCGCCGCCACCGUCGCGGUGCCCUUGAUUGGCAAACUCGGUCUCAUCAGCCCGGCCUACUUCGUCCUCUGGCCCGAAGCCUUUCUCUACCGCUUCCAGAUUUGGAGACCCAUCACUGCCACCUUUUUCUUCCCUGUGGGUCCAGGAACUGGAUUUCUUUAUUUGGUCAAUUUAUAUUUCUUAUAUCAGUAUUCUACACGACUAGAAACAGGAGCCUUUGAUGGGAGGCCAGCGGACUAUUUAUUCAUGCUCCUCUUCAACUGGAUUUGCAUCGUUAUUACUGGCUUAGCAAUGGACAUGCAGUUGCUGAUGAUUCCUCUGAUCAUGUCAGUGCUCUAUGUCUGGGCCCAGCUGAACAGAGACAUGAUUGUGUCAUUUUGGUUCGGAACACGAUUUAAGGCCUGUUAUUUACCUUGGGUUAUCCUUGGAUUCAACUAUAUCAUUGGAGGCUCGGUUAUCAAUGAGCUCAUUGGAAAUCUGGUUGGACAUCUUUAUUUCUUCCUCAUGUUCAGAUACCCAAUGGACUUAGGAGGAAGAAAUUUUCUGUCCACACCCCAGUUUUUAUACCGCUGGCUGCCCAGCAGGAGAGGAGGGGUGUCCGGAUUCGGCAUGCCCCCUGCUAGCGUGAGGCGAGCAGCUGAUCAGAAUGGUGGAGGCGGCAGACACAAUUGGGGACAGGGCUUCCGACUUGGGGACCAGUGA